GGCAAGUGAUACCGAGUGUGUCUCUCACUUGUCAAACAGGUCUGGAUGAGGGGACGCUAUGUGUUGCAGUUGCUGAAAACAUUGUUACACAUUUUCCAUUCGAUGUACAAGUUUCUUUAAGUUGCAGAGGGGCGUCACGUCAUUUACAGAAGCGGGUCACGUGUCAUGUGAAAAGACUUGUUGGGCAGCUUCAGCGAUAUCAAACAGAUGAAUUAUUUCAGUUUCUGAAUGAACGUCGUCAGUCUGGUUGCCGUACACGUUGAGGACGAUCAAGGUGCGAACUGGAUUUUGUACAACAUAUAGAUCUGCAGCCGACGGAGCUGUGACGCAGUGUGCUGUAUUGAUGUCGCUGAUGUGGGUGGAUGUUUCGUUGUGAAGUGUUGUCAUGUUCGCAGUGAACGGCGUAUCUUUGCCAAGGAGAGAGGCACUGUUGAUUCAUCCUUAACAACAACAACAACAACAACAACAACAACAACAACAACAACACAUGAACCAGAAUUGUAAAAUUGUGUCUUUGGUACUUCUUCGGAUGAGUUAGAAAAAGCAGCCAGGCUGAGAUCAUCUCUUGUGGGUGUGUGUGUUGGGAUUCCUGGAGCUAUUUCACGAGAUUUCACGAGAUUUCACGAGAAGUGUGACGUGAUGGAGCCCCCGCGUAUUCUGAAGACGUUUCUGUACGUAAUUGCUUUCUUAGCUUUACUGAUGAUCGUCAACAUCUUGACGUCUGUCAACUACCUCUACACCGUCAUUAACGUAUCGCAGUUGUCAUGGAUGAGCGCAAACAAGAAGACAUUUACAGGAAGUGACGUCACACAUAACGCUACCCUCUCUGUAGGUACAUUGAAAACAAUUGAAGGGACUGUUUCCAAUGCGAACACAAAACUUUUUUUCACAACUAUCAAACCGGUUGUGACAACUACGAAACCGGUUGUGACAACUACGAAACCGGUUGUGAAAAGUACUCCCGACGCAGGGGUCCGUCAGGAUGUUUGUACAGACUGCUUCGUUCAUAACUUCACAUACGUGAUCCAGAAUACAGCAAUCUGCAGCCAGUCCCCCAAUGUUACAAUUGACUUAUUCAUGGUGAUCCUGACGAUACACGGCGACAGGGCACAGAGGGACAAUAUUCGUGCAACGUGGGCAUCCAAUUCCAAGAACAACACAGGCAACGUAAGAUACGCCUUCCUCUUAGGGAAGAUUGAUGAUGAGAAGAAGAUGCUAGCAACGAAAAACGAGAGCGCGAAAUUUGGGGAUUUGAUUAUGGAGGAUUUCCGCGAUUCCUACGCCAACCUCACCUAUAAGACAAUCAUGGGCAUGAAAUGGGCCAGUUUAUACUGCGCGCGCGCAAGGUUCUUCAUGAAAACAGACGACGAUAUGUGGGUCAAUGUACCGGAAAUGAUAAAAAUGUUGAACCAAAGAGAGGCUGUCCUUCAAAAGGUUGUGGGCGGAUCAUGCCACUUGGCCGCUGGUCCGAUCAGGGAUCAAAGAUCCAAAUGGUACGCCAGUUUUAAGAGCUAUCCACACAAAAGUUACCCAGGUUUCUGUUCUGGGACGGGGUACGUUACGAGUAUGGCUUUGACCAAGAAGCUGUACGAAGUGUCUCCUAGUGUCCCAUUCUUUCACUUGGAGGACGUGUACAUCGCACUGUGCAUCAGGAAACUUGGGCUGACACUGUUGGCCCUACCAGGCUUCCAUAAUUAUCGGACGGCGUUGAAUCCUUGUGAAAUGAGGUCUUCUAAGAUUCUGACGAGUCACGAAGUCCCUACUGACUUCUUACGGAAAGUGUGGACUGCCAAGUGUUAGAGGUAUUUGGUAGUACUGCAAGUGUCUUGAUACUGUGCCAAGUGGGAAAGCUUUGCUUUGGUCCAGGGUAAGGUGUUGGAAAUUGUGGGUGACAAAACAUUAUCCAAGUUCACUCUGGAACAAGUUUGGAAGAGGUAGUAGUUUUUUUGAACUCUGCUUUUGUGGUAGAAAGGUUUGUUUCAGUUUUGCUUAACGUUUGGAAAUUUUGUUUGGCAUAUUUAGCUCAGUGUAAAGUGUUUGAAUAUUGAUUAUAGUUUUGGUUUUAUUAAUGGAAAUGUGAUGUGCAUUGUAUCAGGUCUGCAUAAUGUGUGAUAUGCAUUGUAUCAGCUCUGCAUUGUGUGUGAUAUGCAUUGUAUCAGCUCUGCACUGUGUGAUAUGCAUUGUAUCAGCUCUGCAUUGUGUGAUUUGCAUUGUAUCAGCUCUGCAUUGUGUGAUAUGCAUUGUAUCAGCUCUGCAUUGUGUGAUAUGCAUUGUAUCAGCUCUGCAUUGUGUGUGAUAUGCAUGGUAUCAGGUCUGCAUAAUGUGUGAUAUGCAUUGUAUCAGCUCUGCAUUGUGUGAUAUGCAUUGUAUCAGCUCUGCAUUGUGUGAUAUACAUUGUAUCAGCUCUGCAUUGUGUGAUAUACAUUAUAUCAGCUCUGCAUUGUGUGAUAUGCAUUGUAUCAGCUCUGCACUGGGUGUGAUAUGCAUUGUAUCAGCUCUGCAUUGUGUAUGAUAUGCAUUGUAUCAGCUCUGCAUUGUGUGAUAUGCAUUGUAUCAGGUCUGCAUUGUGUGUGAUAUGCAUUGUAUCAGCUCUGCAUUGUGUGUGAUAUGUAUUGUAUCAGCUCUGCAUUGUGUGAUAUGCAUUGUAUCAGCUCUGCAUUGUGUGAUAUGCAUUGUAUCAGCUCUGCAUUGUGUGAUAUGCAUUGUAUCAGCUCUGCAUUGUGUGAUAUGCAUUGUAUCAGCUCUGCAUUGUGUGAUAUGCAUUGUAUCAGGUCUGCAUAAUGUGUGAUAUGCAUUGUAUCAGCUCUGCAUUGUGUGUGAUAUGCAUUGUAUCAGCUCUGCAUUGUGUGAUAUACAUUGUAUCAGCUCUGCAUUGUGUGAUAUGCAUUGUAUCAGCUCUGCAUUGUGUGAUAUGCAUUGUAUCAGCUCUGCAUUGUGUGAUAUGCAUUGUAUCAGCUCUGCAUUGUGUGAUUUGCAUUGUAUCAGCUCUGCAUUGUGUGAUAUGCAUUGUAUCAGCUCUGCAUUGUGUGAUAUGCAUUGUAUCAGCUCUGCAUUGUGUGAUAUGCAUUGUAUCAGCUCUGCACUGAGUGUGAUAAGAGAUGCUACAGCACGACAGCCCUUGCCUCACACUGUUGCCACCACUUGCAAGACAAUCGCACGAGCAUCCAUUGGGAGAUGCAUUUCUCAUGAUUACCCCUCGUGGUACAGUGAUUUCAUGUUUAGAGUUGCAAGUGUCCCCAUAAGGCUGACCGAGUUGGCGGAUUCCAACGUAUGUAUGGUGCCUCAAAUCCAAGUUAUCUUACAGGUUGGUGAACGGAAUUGCCACGCACUAAAAGGCAGCUCUCGAUGUCACUGCUGAGAAUAAUUAUAUCAACAUUAUUUUUGUGUGUAUAUUUUUAUAUGUGUAACCUGUGGGUCGUGAUAUGAUCACAAGACGUCAGUGAAUGAAUGAUCAGUCAUAAAGCAUAUAACUGGUCGACGAAUCUUCACACGAUAAAUCUUUAUCAUCUCGAACAGUACAGUUGAUCAAAGUAAUAUCGUUCAGAUGAACACGUUUUCGGAUAACACAAUAACGGCUGUGAAUGUCCCAGGAAUGUACACGUCAAAUCCUUUUAUUCUUAUAUGAUUAUUACAUGUUUUUUCAAAAUUACUAUUUCCCCCAAAAUUGCAAAUUUUGGUUUAUGGUAAAAGUUGGAAUAAAAAAGUGUAUACACAUCUUUUCCUGAAUCUCAGAAAUAAAUUUGAGUAAUAGACGAUUAAUAUAUUCAUAUAAAUACGAUAUCCAAUCUGUCAUUUAAGAUUACAUGCAACUUGGAGAGGUGCACAGUUCAUAAGCCCCGUGUAGGUGUCUACUAUAUCUCUGUACUGACCUUUUUAAUACCAUAAUUUAGAGAAAAGAGCAUAUUUUCCUUCAAGAAGUAAUAUUAGAACUUAAAAGUAAGAAGAUAGAAAUUAACUGAUGAAUUACAUGUUGACCGUCUCGAAAUGUUUCGUCACGUGCAUCUUGCACAAUAACCACAUGUAAGAUGAGAAAGUAUUGAAAAGCUACUUGACCUUUUACCUACCGGUCACCAUGAACCUUGUACACUGAAACCCCGUUAGUCAGGAACCUCUGCAUUCCGGACGUGUUAGGAACAUUACUCCGUUACAUGUAUUCAGUGAUUCUGACGUGUUGGGGACAUUACUCCGAUACAGUGAUUUAGUUAUCCGGACGUGUUGGGAACAUUACUCCGAUACAGUGAUUCAGUGAUCCGGACGUGUUGGGGACAUUACUCCGAUACAGUGAUUCAGUGAUCUGGACGUGUUGGGAACAUUACUCCGAUACAGUGAUUCAGUGAUCUGGACGUGUUGGGAACAUUACUCCGAUACAGUGAUUCAGUGAACCGGACGUGUUGGGAACAUUACUCCAAUACAGUGAUUCAGUGAUCCGGACGUGUUGGGAAUAUUACUCUGAUACAGUGAUUCAGUGAUCCGGGCGUGUUGGGAAUAUUACUCUGAUACAGUGAUUCAGUGAUCCGGACGUGUUGGGAACAUUACUCCGAUACAGUGAUUCAGUGAUCCGGGCGUGUAAGGAACAUUACUCCGAUACAGUGAUUCAAUGAUCCGGGCGUGUAAGGAACAUGACUCCGUUACAGUGAUUCAGUGAUCCGGACGUGUUGGGAACAUUACUCCGAUACAGUGAUUCAGUGAUCCGGACGUGUUGGGAACCUUACUCCGAUACAGUGAUUCAGUGAUCCGGACGUGUUGGGAAUAUUACUCCGUUACAGUGAUUCAGUGAUCCGGACGUGUUGGGAAUAUUACUCCGUUACAGUGAUUCAGUGAUCCGGACGUGUUGGGAAUAUUACUCCGUUACAGUGAUUAAAGUGAUUCGGACGUGUUGGGAAUAUUACUCCGAUACAGUGAUUCAGUGAUUCGGACGUGUUGGGAACAUUACUCCGUUACAGUGAUUCAGUCAUCCGGACUAGGGACAGCACAGUCUGGAUUACCUAGUGUUUGUUUCUUUGUUGUUUAACGUUGCACUCAGCAGUAUUCCAGCUGUGUAAUGGCGAUUGAUUACCGGGUGAUAAACACAUUGUCAGCCGUACGUUCAUAAGACACCUGUGGCGGCUAUGGUAGGUGUUCAAUAGAUUACUUAUUUCAACCUUGUACUCCGAUGACAUCGUGGACAACUUAUACCUGUAAUUACCUGUAUUAUAACUGUCGCGGACAGACCGUUCCAUUAUAUCUUUGUGUCAUAUGUUACUUUAAGGCUGGAAGUCUUUCGUUUACGUUCAAUGGGGGCCUUUUUGACAUGGCAAAUCUGAGGAUAUACAUUUAUGAGUAUGAUAUCGACCAGUGUUCAGUCGUUAUCGAUAUGUUAAUAUUCACAGAAGAUAAUAACCCAUAUAAAACUGGUUGGUCGGACUUUGAUUCAAUAUACUUCGCCUACUUGUGACCUCAACAGAGCGCGGCAGGCGAAUGGACUCGCCCUUUGAUUAGCUCCUUAUCCGAAUGGUCGACCUUAGCAAUGUCAGCACACUUCCGAAAUCUGUAGUUUUUAAACCUCAUUUCAACAACUCUUUACUGGGUCAGUUGAAGUAUUGUUGCCCAGCAGACAUUAGGUUGGCUCAAGUUUGUUAAGGAAUCAAAACUAGAAAUGGCCGCGAGUCGGCCAUUGCAUUCAGAACUACUUCCGUGAGUGAUUGGGGGUGACAUUUUUGAUGUUUUUUUCUGUGGGUUCAGAUUUUACCUGAUUGGUUGAAUAUAAGAUAUUUCAACAUUAUGUAUAGUAACUUUGGAAACUGAAUCAAACUUGUGUAAUAUGUAGUAUAAGAGUAUUGAUGUUUUGCUUUGACAGAUGUACAUAAGUAUGCAUUUAUAGGGUCAUAUUGUAUUUGACCAGCUUAAUUUCAAUCUGAUUAAAUCACACCUUAAUUCUCGCUUCCGCUAAACAAAGAUAUGAAGACAUCCCAUUAGGGGUCACGCCAGAACGACCUUUUAUCCGACUAAUCAGAGCUUUGCUUACCAGAUUAUGAUAGUGACAGUCGGAAUGUGAUUUCUAAUCAUGCAACCUCGAAAACUUUAACACGGGGUAUUCUGAACGAUUGUUACGGGUUAAACGUCAGAAUCCAUACAGUCUAGAGACCAUCUAUUAGCCAUUCCAGAAUGUUCUUUUGUCCGCGUAUCUCAAUCAACGCAAAACCAUUUUGAGGUGAACUACGUACGUUAACAGUAAUAACUUUACGAACUGUUUAUUUCAUCAUUAACUGAAAACCCCUGGACAACAGUAUGAAUGAGUAUCGUUUUGCACCGCUUUUAGCAAUAUCCCAGCAAUAUCACGGCGGGGGACACCAGAAAUGGGCUUCACACAUUGUGCCCAUGUCGGGAAUCGAACCCGGGUCUUCGGCGUGACGUCAGUGACAUCGUUCAGAUCAAUACACCACAAGCCCCGCCCAUUUUAUUAUCAGCCAAUCAGGAAACUGUAGUCCGUAAGUAGGCGUAAAUAGGAGUUAAGUUGUUUUUGGUUAAUGCAUGACCCAAGGCUUUCCUGGUGUUAAAUAUAUUUUGAUCGUGAAAAGAACAGAUCUUUUGUAGAUAUUGUUUGGUUGAUAUGCUAUGAAAAUACAAUGAUCAGCAGUAUCUCCCGUUGAUGACUGAUCUAUCAGUAUAUGUUGGGUGUCGUUACAUCAGAUUGUCAUACAGUCGGGUAAAUAUAUGGGUAACGCUAAUUUUCACUGCGUUAUCAUUUGCAGAAGCCCGAGGUCUUCCAUUAACUGUCCAACGAAGGUGUGCAGCUGAAGAGAGCGAGGGCUUCUGCAAAUGAUAAUGCCCUGAAAAAUAGCGUUACCGUUAUUAAAGCUAAAAUGGAUAGAGUUUGUUAUCAGAUGAUAAUAAACAACAAUAUCGGUUUUGAAACAUUUAUAGCAAUUAACACGCAACGAAUGUUACUGGCCCACCUUUACAAAUAUGGAAACGUCAUAGAACAAACCAGAUGACGUCACUAUUGAACAUCAUUAUGACGUCACCUACCAACGGGCGUGAUAAUGGCCCGUCCUCAAGCAAUAUAAGGGCAAUAUCAAUUUACAGUGGCCCGCUCAUUUCUGAUAACAUGCGGGCAGUUUAAUGAUAAUUCUAUCCAUUUUAGCUUUAAAACGAAUUUACAUUGGUUUCAUUUUCAACGGCGAUGUGCUGAGGAAAAUAAUUUGCUCUUCGAAGUCAUUCAUGUAUUGUUCAUGACAUAUGUUCACCAUUUCAUUAUCAAUAAAACAACGAUAAAACACUU